CGAAGAAAAAAAGAAGCCUAGACUCCCCUUGGCGGCCUUGUCCUUCGUCUAGUCGCCUGAUCUGCCCGGUCCAGACAGACUCCAGUUCUCCAUCUCUUCGUUGAAUUUUCAAAGCAUUUAAUUCAAAUCAGGAAACCUCAUACCCUUCUUCUUUGUGCCCGAACCCCAAAGCCAAAAGUCUGCCCCUUUCUCUCUCGAGAUUGUAUCUAACAGUGACGGACUUCUCAUGGAUUGUCGAUAUUUAAUCCCACUCUCUAUCUGUUUUCUUUUCCUUCUGCCUCGUCUCUCACUUUCAGCUAUCCAAUUGCGAGGAUUGCUGGGAGACAAGAAUACGCCUGAAUCGGUGCUGAGAUUGAACGGAGGUGCUUUCUCUCCUGCUUUGGAUCCCACUCGUGUCACUCAGCUCUCAUGGCGUCCCAGGGCUUUCGUUUAUAAGGGAUUUCUGACCGAUGGAGAGUGCGACCACCUGAUCAAACUGUCUAGGGAUAAGCUGGAGAAGUCGAUGGUAGCGGAUAACGAGUCCGGUAAGAGCAUUAUGAGCGAGGUCCGAACAAGCUCUGGCAUGUUUCUUCAGAAAGCUCAGCUGGCCAGCGCCGCCUCCAUUGUUUUAGGCAUCACCCAAGCCAUAUCCAGUCGCGAGAAUACCUCAUUCCAGAGUACCCUUACCGUAUCACAGUGUAAAAGGAGAUGGUCUACCGACUCUCCCCCUCUUCUGCACAUGCAACACCAGUCGGCGAUAAUGAUCAUUCUUUUCCUCAGAUUAUCUGUAGAUGCAAUAGUUGCAGAAAUUGAGGCCAGGAUUGCUGCAUGGACAUUCCUCCCAGUAGAAAAUGGGGAGGCCAUGCAAGUACUCCACUAUGAGCAUGGUGAGAAAUAUGAACCGCAUUUUGAUUUUUUUCAUGACAAGGCUAAUCAAGAACUGGGUGGCCACCGGGUUGCCACUGUAUUAAUGUAUUUGUCUGAUAUUGAGAAGGGUGGGGAGACAAUCUUUCCCAAUUCUGAGGUGUCUCAACCAAAGGAUGAUGUCUGGUCAUAUUGUGCUAAAAAUGGCUAUGCAGUGAAACCCAAAAAGGGCGAUGCCUUGCUGUUCUUCAGUCUUCAUCCUGAUGCAACUACAGAUACCUACAGCUUGCAUGGCAGCUGUCCUGUUAUUGAGGGUGAGAAGUGGUCUGCAACCAAGUGGAUACACGUGAGGUCCUUCGACAAACCUGCAGGGGACACGGACAGUGGGGAUUGCGUGGAUUUAGAUGAGAACUGCCCUAUGUGGGCUAAGACUGGUGAGUGUGAAAAGAACCCUCUUUACAUGGUGGGUUCUAACAACUCUUCCGGGAAAUGUCGGAAGAGUUGCAAGGUCUGCUCAUCCUAAGUAAACCAUUUUCUAGUUUGUCCUUCAGUUAAAUCAUGUAAUUGUUGUAUAUAACAUUGAGCUCUGACUUACUGGCACAUUUAUCACAUUUCCGCAGAGCCAGACCCUCUUAGCAGGCUCACAUAUAUAUAAAUGAAGGGAAAACCUGUUUAUCGUGAAUCAA